AUGAUAAAUACUGUAAAUUUCCAACCGAGUCGCACAAGAACACGGCCUCAAAGAACCUCAAAUACUACGUCACAAAUGCGUAGUAUCCCACAGAGAACAAGAACACGUAAAAUUCGACGUAGUCAUCAAUCAUCUGAUAGUGGUGACGAUAAUUAUGAGAACAUCACUGUUAUACAAACAGUUCCUGAUCACCCAGUAUUGCUAUCAGACGACAAUGACUCAUCAAGCGAGUCAUCCAGUGACCAUGUUGAAGUUAUUGAAAAUCAAUCAAAUUGGGCAGCCCCUCUAACCGCCCAAAAGCCUGAUGAAAAGAAAUCUAGUGCAUCAAGUCCACCAGAAAGCCCACAGGAACAGAAAAAUGUUAAAAAGAGAAGAAUUCGGAAACGAAAAGUUGCUUCAACAACUGGUGAAGAAGAAGAUACAAAGACUGAGCCAGAAACUCCUGAAAAGCCUAAACGCAAAAAAGUUAAGCGUAUUCGCAAGCGUGUUGUCAAUGACGAACCGGAACCGUCGACAGAACCAGAAAAGAAGCCUGAGCCUGCACCACCUAAAAAACCUUCAAACGUAAAGAUAGUUAAAGAGAUUAAGGAAAGCAAAGAAAGCAGUACUGAAGAGAUUAAAGUUACAAGGAAGCGUAGUGCUGCCAAGAAAGAAACUGAGCCUGAAUUAACGCCUGAACAAUUAGAAGAGAUUGCGAAAUUACCUCUUGAUGUCAAAGAUUCCUCGAACUUUGAGAUCAAACGACACAAAUCUUUAUUAGGAGCACCAGCAUUCACUCUUAUUCAAUCGGAUAGAUCUCUUUACUUUACGAAAUACGGAAAGCUGUCUGUUGGCAAAGGAUUUUCCAUUUUCAAGAAAAAUUUUACAGAUGGCGAGUUUGUUGGCUUCUUACGUCAACAUGACAGGAAGAGAAGAUUCACAUUUUACGUAGGCAAGGAUGAAGAGAGUCUUGGCGAAGUUUUCGGCCUUUGCUACAUAAAUAAUAAAGAAACAUCAGAAAGAAUACGACAAAUAAGAGUUUGUUUUCCCAAGAGUCGCAAACUUAAUUACCCAGCUACAAAAGAUCAAAAUCUUUCAAGAAUUUGCAUGAAAUACGGACAAGAACACGAUGAACCAGAAAAAUCUAAGGAUAAAGAUAAAGAAAAGGAGAAAGCUGAAGCUUCUGACAGCGAAGAUACUCAAAAGCAUGGCGAAGAAGAAGAAAAAACAAUAAUCAAUUUUGAUGACUAUGAUUUCUUCCAAACAAUGGUUCCCUGCAUAAACGAUGAUGGAUCUCUCACUUUGAACUUCGCUGGAGCUACUCCUGAGCCUUCAAUGAAGAAUUUCAUCAUUAGAAAACCAAAAUCAAACAAAGUUUCAGUUAUGGUAUUCAGAGUAUCGAAAGAAAUGUUCAAGGUUAGAUACGAUGAACCUUGGACACUAGAAUCUUCAUUUGGAUUUGCUCUUGCAGCACUAUUUGGAGAUGGAUAA